AUUUCCUCUAAAGAAUCAAACGAAUCACACAAUCACAACAACUCUCUCUCUCUCUCUCUCGCUCUCGCUCUCGCUCUUUGAUCUCGAAGCUGAAACAAUGGCGUACCUGAUGGACAAAGCCAAGGAAUUCGUUGCCGAAAAGAUCGCAAAGAUGAAGAAACCCGAAGCCGACGUAGACGACGUCUCCCUCCACAACGUCUCCCGCGAGGCCGCUAUCUUCAACGCCGCCAUCUCCAUCCACAACCCUUACAGCCACAAUCUCCCCAUCUGCGAGAUCUCCUACACUCUCAAGAGCGCCGGCAGGGUGGUGGUGUCUGGGAAGAUGGAUGAUCCUGGAUCUAUAGAAGCAGAGAAGAACACAAAGGUGGAUGUACCAAUGAAAGUGCCCUAUGAUUUCUUGAUUAGCCUUAUGAAGGAUGUUGGGAGGGAUUGGGAUGUGGACUAUGAGCUUUGCCUGGGAUUGACUGUGGAUAUCCCUAUUUUUGGGAACUUCACCAUUCCUCUCUCUAAAAAAGGGGAGCUCAAGCUUCCUACACUCUCUGAUAUCUUUUAAAAUUUUGUUAUCUUUGUUGUGCCUUUUUUUACUUUAAUCACCUGCUUUGUGGUUAAAUGUUUUGUUUUACUAUAUGUAUAUCUUAUCCAAAUAAAUACUUUGUAAAGGUUAGAAAUGGGUGGUGGUGUUUAAUUUGAUGCCUAUGUAAAGUGCACUAAUAUCUACGGCAUAGUUACUGUCUAUGCUUACUGUAUGUAUUGUUAUAGUUUGUUUUAGUUUUGAAGGAUUGUUAUGUAUUAGUUUUCUUUA